AUGGAUGAUAAUAUAGAUAACGUUGGCUUUAUAAACAGAAUUCCAGCAUUAGCUGAGAGCGAGGAUAUGGAAUCCGUUGGAACAGAUUAUGACGAUGCGGAUGACGUUGAUGGUGAGUCUCCUCCACCCAUCGUCGAUCGAUAUGGUUUUAGCGGGGGCCAGCAAUACACUGAUCCUAGCAAAGAGUACCUUCCACCCAUUGAUGUCCUCCGUUCACGUGAAAUGAAGUGGAUAGAAAUGUGUCGGAAUUGGGAUUACUGGUCUACAAGUGGAAUUAAGAAACUUCGUGAACGUUGUCGCAAAGGUAUCCCAGAUUCCAUGCGAGGAGAAGCCUGGCAACGACUUAUCGGCAGUGCAACUACAAAAUUCCAGCAGAUAAAAGCCUUUGUGGCGGAGCCACCAAUUGAACAACCUCCUCCUGGAAUUUCUCCUCUUCGUAAACUAUUUGGCAGCUCUGCACGUCUCAGUGGUUCGCGAAGUCUUCCUACAGUAGUAACUAAUUCCCCCAGUACUGGUCGAAGUCGCAUUCUCGAGUCUUCGCAUUCGAAACCUCCUCUUCCACCCUCGAGUCUCCCACCUCUUCUCCCCCAUCCAGCCUCCAUCCGUCAACAAAAUGAAUCGAUCUCUUUAAGUCCCCAAGACAGUCUCGCUCGCCGUCGUCGUGGAAAGAAUGGUUCUAAUUCCUCGCAGUUUAUGUCUUUCCGCAAGUUCUCCUCUCUAUUUCGCCUCAACUCCACAUCUACUACUGGUACUGUCACUAAUCCGAGUUCUGCUCAACCACCCUCCAAUAGUACAGAUGACCCUACCGAUGAGACAGAUGCCGCAACCUUCUAUCAGAGAGGAGAAAUUAUCACCGCUGGUCAUCAACAAGAUGGUAACAGAAGUGGAAGCAAUGAGCGAUCACGAACGUACAGUGUUGCUUUGCCCUCUGCCGCUUAUCUUGGAAUAUCAAUUGGGACUGGUGAGGGAGCAAACGGGAAGGGUUUUGUGAGUGGAGUUGGCCAUCAACCCAGUGAUAGCACGACGACUACGACAUCAACGGGAGUAUCUACAGAUGCUUAUUCAACGUCAAGUAACUUCUUUUCAGCAGCUGAAAGCUCGGCUGAGAAUCUACGGGUUUUCAGUGGAGCUCCUGACUCUUCCCUUCUCAACUCACCAGCUCUUGCUCUCCACAAUCACAGACGUCUCUUCGCUACCGACAACAGUGGUGGCGGAGGCUUAGAGGACGAAGGCUCCCCGGUUUCUUCUCACUUCUCCACUCUCUCCUCCUCCUCCCAUCGUUCUUCAAUCGAUGGAAUUGAUAUUGAUGUCGAUAGAGAGAGCUCGUCACCUCAACUCUCUCUUUCCUUGGGAAUGCGUGGUGAACAUCAGCGUCGGCUCGCUGUUGCCUCGGCUAAAGACCGAGAGGCUACUCUGGUUGCCCCUAAUUCCACCACAGGGGAUCAGGUAUUUGAUCCGUAUGUACAAUAUGAGGUCUAUGCAGCCCAAGAAGGUGAUCCGGCUACCUGUGAACAGAUUGGAAAGGAUAUUCAUCGACAAUUUCCUUUCCAUGAGCUCUUUUGCUCUAAAAACAGCGGAGGUCGUGAAAGCCUCUUCAGAAUCCUCAAGGCCUAUACAAUUCGUCAUCCCAGCAAGGGCUAUUGUCAAGGUCAGGCUCCGCUAGCAGCUGUUCUCCUUAUGUUUAUGCCUGAAGAAGAAGCCUUCUGGACAUUCACAGAAAUCUGUGAACGUUAUCUUGUAUCAUACUACGACGAGGGGCUUGAGCUCAUUCAAAUUGACGGUCAAAUUUUAUAUGGACUUCUUAAACGUCUCUUUCCCCAUAUCUACAAAUUUUUGAUGAAACAUGGCGCCGAACCGAUUAUGCUGGUGGUUGAAUGGUUCAUGUGUGUCUACACGCGUACUCUUCCCUGGUGCUCCGCUCUCCGAGUUCUUGAUAUGUUUUUCUGUGAAGGCAAAAUCAUAAUAUUCAAAGUCGGUCUGCUACUGCUAUAUCGAUGUUUUCACAGUUCGACCUUCCGUAAACAGUGCGGAGGAAUCGAUGAAAUUCUUAUGCAAGCUCAGACCAUUCCUUCUCAACUUGACAAUCCUGAGGAGCUUGUACACAAUAUUCUCCAGAUCAAGAUAGAUCGACGGCAAGUGGCAAAAGAAGUAAUGAAGCAGAGUCAACGGUGGCGAACGCGGAUGAGUACAGUUCAUGAAAAAUGA